GUUCAAAAAAUUCAAGAUGAACUCAAGGCAAAAAGAUAUUUCCUUGUUCUUGAUGAUUUGUGGAAUGAUCAAGAAGUAUUGUUGAAUGACUUUUUCAGCACUUUGGCGGGACUCAAUGCGAAGAAAGGGAGCUGGUGUCUUGUUACCACUCGUCUGCAAGAAGUGGCAAUUAUUCUGUCUAGACAUCCGCAGAUCAAUUUUACUCGCCAUGAGCUAGGAAAGCUCUGCAAUGAUGAUUGCUGGUCUAUCAUUAAAAAAUGGGCAACUUUAGGGGAAGAAGUACCAAAAGAAUUGGAAGACAUGAGGCACCAAGUUUUAAGAAGAUGUGACGGUCUACCUCUGGCAGCAAAGUUAAUCGGAGGUUUGUUAUCUAAAAAGAGAAAAGAGGAGUGGCCAUCUAUUUUGGAGGAGAGUCUCUUGAAUGGAGAUCAGGGUGGGAUCGAGCAAAUAAUUAAGGUGAGUUUUGAUCAUCUGUCACCUGUACCGGUUAAGAAAUGUUUUGCAUAUUGCUCAAUUUUCCACCAAGAUACUAGAUUGGAACAAGAUCGACUAGUUGAGCUUUGGAUGGCUGAAGGCUUUCUUCAACCGGAUUCCCAAAAUGAAAGAAUGAUGGAGAAAAUAGGAUAUGAGUAUUUGAGAAUUUUGCUGCAAACUUCCUUAUUGGAAGAAGUAAAAAAUGAGUGGGGAACAUGGUAUAAAAUGCAUGACCUUGUGCAUGAUUUUGCAAAAUCAAUUUUGAAUCGUAACGGUAGCAAUCAGGACCGUUACCUUGCGGUAUACUCACCCGAAAGAAUCAAUGAAAAAGCAUCAGCAUCACUUCGCACAUUAUUUCUGAAGGGUGGCAUAGCUGAUGAUAUGUUAUCAAAGUUCAAACACUUACAUGUCCUAAAAUUGUUUGGAGCAGAUGUCAAAGCGUUGCCGACCUCCAUUGGCAAACUAAUACAUUUACACUUACUUGACAUUUCAGGUUCUAGGAUUAGAACUUUGCCAGAAUCUCUUUGCAAACUUUAUAGUUUGCAAACACUGAGAAUUGGCAUGCUUGUAGACGGUUUUCCAAAGGAGAUGAGCAAUUUGAUUAGCAUGAGACAUCUUCACUAUGAUGAUGAUACAGGAUGCGAUGAUGAUGAUGAUGAUGAUGAUGAUGAUGAUACAGGACGUGAAAUCCAAAUGCCAUCCGGGAUUGGACGAUGGACUUGUCUUCAAACGUUAGAGUUCUUUAACAUAGGUCGUCAAGAGGAAGGUCGUGGUAUCCAAGAACUUGGAACCUUGCAAGAUCUUAGAGGCUCCUUGGAGAUCAGAAAUCUUGAAUUAGUAAAUGGCAAAGAUGAUGCUGAACUAGCGAACCUAUCUAAAAAGCCAAAUAUGUAUCGGUUGGUAUUUGAGUGGGGCAAUAGGGAUCGAGAAAGUGAUAAUUGUGAUGAAGAUGUGUUGGAAGGCCUCCAACCUCACCCAAAUUUAAAAGAGUUACAAAUUUUGAAGUUCAUGGGUGAUCAGUUUCCACAAUGGUUCAUGAAUUUGACAUUGACAUCACUGGUGGAGUUGCGGGUGGAGGAGUGCACAAGAUGCAGAAAGCUCCCUGCGCUAGGACAGCUGCCAUUCCUCAAGCGCCUCUAUCUGACUAGAUUGAAAAACACAACAUGCAUUGGGCUUUCAUUCUACAGUACAAGUGCUGAGGAGGACGGCGGAUCAGGAGGUUCAAGCACUAUUAGCAGACAAACAUUCUUUCCAGCCCUUAAAAUUCUCUGGCUUAAAGGCAUGAAAAAUUUGGAAGAGUGGAAGGACGCACACGAAAUGAUGUCAACCGCAGGUGAAGUACAUGUGAUGGAUGUGUUUCCCGUGCUGGAAAAGUUGUAUAUUUGGGGUUGCCCCCAGCUGACCACCAUUCCAACUCCAAGUCGUUUCCCAAGUCUUGAUGUAUUGGAAAUAAAAAGGAAUUGCCAUGUUUUGGUGGCAGAAAAGGUUUUGAGCAAUAUAACCAAUCUCUCGUCCCUUGACUUAAGGGGUGACUUAUGGGAUCGUGGUGGUCAAUGCAUCAAGUCUCUAAAAUUAGUGAAACGACCAGAGAGCAGCUUGAGUAUUGAUGGCUGUCACAGUCUACCCACUGCUAUGCUUGAACGACUCUGUCUUUUUCCAACUCUUCAGCAUGUAGAAUUGAUGUCUGCCCAUAAUAUAACAACACUAAGAAGAAUGAGUUGCGCCGCUUGUCUUAAGAGAUUGACAGUCACUUUUUGUGAGAAUUUACGGGAGUUGCCAGAAGAUCUUUAUCAAUUUCAAACUUUAGAGGACUUGGAGAUACAGGGUUGCUCGAGAAUUAAAUCAUUUGGACAUCCAAAUCCUAAAAAUUCAUUUGGACAGAGAGGCCUCCUUAAGUCUCUUAAGCGAUUUACUAUCGAUGAGUGCGAUGAAUUAACAAGAUUACCAGCGGAGAUGUUCGAGUCCUGUACGUCUCUCCGAAAGCUGACAUUGUUCAAGUGCCGCAGUCUGGUCUCCUUUCCCCUUGAUUUGCGACGAACCCCUUCUCUCCAGAGCUUCUCGUUAUGUGGGUGUCCCAACUGGAUUGCUGAGAUGCCUAGUGGAUUUGGCCAUCUUACCAGCUUAAGGGAAGUGUCGAUUGGUCCCUUCUCAGAUUACUCAGUAAUCGAAUUUGAUUGGGCUGGAUUAGCAUCUUCAUCAACACUCCGGCACGUGUAUUUGUAUGGGAUGCGUGACACGAAAUCUCUGCCACACCAGCUUCAAUGCUUGACUACCAUCACAUCACUAUCUCUACGUUACUUCGGAGCAAUCGAGGCCUUACCAGAUUGGCUUGGGAAUUUUGCGUCUCUUGGUGAGCUAAUUCUGUUGGGUUGCCCAAAGCUUGAAUAUUUACCCUCCUUAGAUGCCAUGGAACGCCUCAAAUUAAGACGUCUGGAAAUUAGUUAUUGUCCUCUAUUAAAACGAAGAUGCACUCCUCAAAGCGGCUCUGAGGCCAAAGAUCUCUAAUAUUCCAAAGCUUGAAAUUUGAUUAAAAGUCAUCUUUUUGAGCCAUCGGAUACCAUAACAUUAUGGCAUUGUAGGCCACAAGUGUCAGUGAAGCAGGAAGCAGUGAUAGUGCCGAAAACAUUGCGAAAGGCUCAAAAGUGUGCUCGAGGCAAAGUCAGCCUGGAACCUCUAAAGCAUCUUAUUGCACUUUUCACAUUCUCCAACUGCAACAUUAGGCUGUGGUUUCCAAUCUUUUUUGAAGAAAGAUGAGGAGGAUUUGUUUAGGAAGUAGAGAUCAUGCUUUUUGGACAAAGAACACCAAGGUUCUCGUGUUGUUCUUAUGAGAAUGUCAAGAGGGAGGAGUUAUUUUCACUUAUCAGUCAGUUUUUGAAGAUGGAAGGUAGUUAUCUGUGAUUUUUCCCACCAGAAUGCCACUCAGAAUGUGGAAAUGAAGCAUGCUGAAAACAGAGUGGCUUGUGCCAGGCUUGUAGAAAGUAGUAUGGAUUGAGAAGAAUUAGAGAAGAGCAUGGUAGCUGGUACUGGAGAGCUAUCAAGGUACAAGACUUGCUUGAAGAAAACUGGACGUGCUAAUACUUUAGUUCCAUAGGUGACAAGAUUUGAUGGAAAGAAGUUAGACAUUGUAGACAGCAUUGGUGAUCGUUUGGAUGACAUAAACGAAGCAUGCGAUUGCAGUGUAAGUCGUUCAUUUGGAUGGAAUCAGUUCAAAGUUUUGGUGCUGCAAUUGCAGCGGCAAAAAUUUCUACAUUCUCGUUCAAAGGUUCCCGCCAGAUCUUGCAAGGCCUUUGUGAAUUGGACAAUAGGUUAUACCUUUUUGCUCAAGAACAAGAGAGACUCAUUAUACAACUGUGCUAACAGUUAGUCAUUCCAGGAAGCAGACAUCAUCUUGUUGGAAAAAGAACAACAUGGUUCCCUGUCGUUUUUGUGAGAAUGUCAAAAGGAAGAAAUUACUGUCACUCGGCAGGCAAGUUUCCCAGAUGAAGAUGGUCAUCAAUUAUAGUUAUUUUGCUCAUUAAUUUGCACUAGCAUUGAUGGAGGCUUCUCAAACACCACGUAGAAAAAUUGAAAGUGUUAUGGUUCUGUAGUGCUCGGAAUGCAGAAAUGAAGAAGAAGAGAAGAUUUGAUGAUGGAAGCUAGAUGUUGAAGAUAGCAGUAACAGUCAUUCGGAAAGCAAAAGCAAAGAGCAAAGCAUGUAGUGGGAUGGAAGAAAUUCAAAGAUUAUGUGCUGCAAGAAUAUGUAUUCACAUGCAAGGGUUCCUAAGUCCUCGUUCAAAGGUUCAAGGAAGCACUACCGCUGGAUCAUGCAAUGCCUUUGUCAAUUGGACAAUGGACUAUACCUUUCCACCCAAAAAUAAGAGAGAUUCAUGAUGCACUUGUGCUAACAGUUGAUUAUUCCGGGUGUCCAACCUAGCUAGGUGUUGAAUUUGUCAAGGUUUCUUCUGAUCUGAUUUGCUUGAGACAAAGGAAUACAUAUGAAGGAACCAUUUAGCUGGCAUGGCUGAGACCUGUAGCCAAUUUGGUUGAUCUUGGUUCCAGUUUAAGCUGUCUGGAUUGCUCUUUGUCAAUCUCAUGAAUAUGGAUCUCAUAUCAAUGGAAGCAUUGAAAGUAUGAAGAUGAGACGGCAAGAAUACCAGUAGCUAGCUGUUGGAUUGUAGGCAUGUAAAAAGUCUUUACUAUACUAAAAUUGUCACCCAGAUAGCUGGCUAGAAUGCAUAUAUAUAUAUUACUCUAGCUUGGCCUACAGAGAGAUAAGAUUUGAGGUUUUAAUGUGACCUAGAGCUUUCAGCUUUUGAACUACUUAAUUGACCAUGCUUUGGGGAGUUUGAUUUAGGUUUCAACCAA